CGCACAGUGGACCAUAUGCGGAUAUGUAAACAAAAAAACUUCUAGUAUCCUAAAGGUGACAACUAUCAACUGACAUUGUAUUUUAGAUUAUUCAUUGACGUUUGCUGGUUUGUUAUGUUCUCAUAGUAAACAAUGGGAAAGGGCUGUGCAGUUGCAGGGUGCAGUAAUUCCAUCAAAACUGGACAUUCUGUACACCUGUUUCCUAAAGAUGAACAACAACGUGUCUUGUGGAUACGUUUUGUAAAACUGACCCGUGUUGAUUUUUCGGAGCCAACUCAAAACUCUGCUAUAUGUAGUGCUCACUUCUCAGACGACUGCUACGAAGUGGACAGAAUCAAAUUUAAGGAGUUAUUUGGGAUGUCCACCAACAAGAGACUUUUACCAAAUUCAGUGCCAAGUAUUUACCCAAAAAGACCUGCAGACGUGCUCAAUGAACCUAAGAAGAAACUAAGAACAUCUGUAGCUCUUCAGAAAAGAGAAAGGGUCAAGGUGAUGCCUAAAAAAAGGAUGAAAGCCCAUAGCACAAUUAUUAAGGAAAAUAAAGAAAGGAUGAGAAAAAUGAGACUAAAAAGACGAGAGAAUGAAGAACAGGAAACAUUGAAAGUUAGUGUAGACAGUAAGAUUACAAACUCCUCCACUGGACCAGAGAGUGGUGCUCCAAUGAAAAGGAGAAAAGGAACAGAGAAAUAUAAUAUGGCCACUUCAACAGUACCUCCUGAAAAGAAGAUGAAAUUGGAACAAACAUUAAAAUGUGGAAACAAGCAGGAUAAAGUUGUAAAUAAAAAUACGGAAAGUGCUGAUGAAAUCUCAACACUGUCUGCUGUCAACAUAACUGUUACUAGAAGUAUGUUACAUUCUGAUAUUGGUACUGAUGUCAGUAUGGAAAAGGGUAACAGUUUAUUAUCCACCAGCACCAAACUUACUGACAAGACCAAGAAUAUGAGAAGUUUAUUGCCCAAGAAUAUAAGUACAGAUAAAAAGACCCAGAAUGCUAGAAGUUUAUUACCUUUUAAUAUCACGGAUAAAAAGACACAGAAUGCAAGAAGUUUAUUACCUUUGAAUAUCACCACGAAUAAAAAGACUCAUAAUCUUAGAAGUUUGCUAACCUUUCAAAUCAGUACAGAUAAAAAGACCCAGAAUGCUAGAAGUUUAUUACCUUUUAAUAUCAAGGAUAAAAACACACAAAAUGCGAGAAGUUUAUUACCCCCUAAUACAAGUACUGGUAAUAAGACAGAGAAUGUGAACUGUUUAUCACCUUUGAAUGCAGAUCAUUCUAAAUCUUUAUCAUCAUUUAAAGCUGGUCCGGUUACCGAGAGUCAAAGUGCUAGAAGUUUAUUAUCGUUGAAUGUUGGCCAGGUUAUACUUACCGAGAGUCAAAGUUCAAAAAGUUUAUUAUCGUUGAAUGCUGGCCAGGUUACCAAGAGUCAAAAUUCUAGAAGUUUAUUAUCGUUGAAAGCUGGCCAGGUCACAGAGAGUCAAAGUUCUAAAUGUUUAUUACCGUUGAAUGCUGGUCCUGUUAACGAGAGUCAAAGUGCUAGAAGUUUAUUAUCGUUGAAUGCUGGUCCUGUUAACGAGAGUCAAAGUGCUAGAAGUUUAUUAUCGUUGAAUGCUGGUCCUGUUAACGAGAAUCAAAAUGCUAGAAGUUUAUUAUCGUUGAAUGCUGGUCCUGUUAACGAGAGUCAAAGUGCUAGAAGUUUAUUAUCUUUGAAUGCUGGUCCUGUUAACGAAAAUCAAAAUGCUAGAAGUUUAUUAUCGUUGAAUGCUGGUCCUGUUAACGAGAGUCAAAGUGCUAGAAGUUUAUUAUCUUUGAAUGCUGGUCCUGUUAACAAGAAUCAAAAUACUAGAAGUUUAUUAUCGUUGAAUGCUGGUCCUGUUACAGAGAGUCAAAGUGCUAAAAGUUUAUUAUCUUUGGAUACCAGUCCGGUUACCAAGAAUCAAAAUGCUAGAAGUUUAUUACUUCUGAAUAUUAGAACUGCUUGUGAUACAAAGAAUGCUAGAAGCUUACUACAUAAUGUACAAUUACCUUUGAAUGCUGGUAUUGUUAUCAAGACGCAGAAUCAGAAAAUAUUCCAGAGUAGUUUAUUAGAAAAAAACACACAAAAGGGGCACUCUCAGAAUAGUAUAAGUUCUAUCAAGGAUUGUCAAAAGAAAGGUUCUACAGAGGGGCCUUCUCAGACUGUUCAGAAUGUUUUGGAUACAGGGAAUGUCCAAGAGAACAUUUUUUCUGUCUGCAUUAACAGGACAAAAGGAAGUCCAAAUGUUAAAAUCAUACAGCCAGAGAUUGGAAAGGAGGUGAAUAAAAAGAAUAGACUUGAAAACCUACUGAAACAGGGAAAGCUGUGUACACAUCGUCUCCAGACUCAAGCGAAGAAGGAAAAUCUACAGUCUACUACACAGAAGAGAUCUGUUACAAAACCUUUCAAGGAGAGAAAGUCAAUGGGUUAUCAUAGAAGAGGAUGUAGAUUGAGAGAAAAAGAUAAAGAUAAAAGCAUUUUAGGAGAAAGUGAAACAGAGACUGGACUUGAUAAACCAGCAUCUUUGUUCAGGUCAAGAGAGAUCACGGACUACCAGGUACAAGAUCUAAGCUGGUUGCUAUCACUAUUUACACAUGGGAUUAAUGGUAUUUUGAAUGAAGAAAUGGGUCUAAGUAAAACAGUACAAGCUAUAGCUUUGUUAGGAUAUAUGAAGGACUAUCAACAGAUAUCUGGACCUCAUCUGUUUAUUGUACCUCUGUCUCAUAUAGACCACUGGCUGGCAGAAUUCAAACGCUGGAGUCCAGAAUCCAGACUUGUUGUGAUAAAAGGCACUGUUGAACAAAGAAGACCAGAAAUCAAAGACAUAUUGAAGGACGAUGGCUGGGAUGUUUGCAUUACUAGUUAUGAAACCUGUUUUCAAAAACCUAACGCCUUCAAAGAAAUUAAUUGGAGAUAUUUAGUUGUAGAUGAAGUCCAGACCAUCAUUAAAGAAAAGACACAAAUUUCAGAGAUUAUCCAGAGUAUGAAGACAUCAAAUAAACUGUUACUGACUGGAAUCCAGCCACAGAAUGACUUACAGGAGUUAUUGGCCCUGCAGAACUUCCUGUUGCCUGAUUCCACAAAUAAUACCAUCUUCAGAUCAGCUAAUCAAUUAUGUGACAAAGAACUUGUGAAUUGUUUACAUAACAUUCUACAACCAUUCCUGCUGAAAAGAAUUAAAACAGACUUAGAAAAGGGAUUAUUACCAACCAAAGAAAUCUACAUAUAUGUUGGACUUUAUACCUUACAAAGAGAUUGGCAAACAAGACAAGCAGAAGAACCAAAGGAAAAACUUGAUGAUAACAUAAAUAGUGAGAAAAAAUUAGAAAUCCUUAAACAUGUCUCCUCACCAUAUCAGUCAAAAUUGGAAAUCAUUAAACCAUGUAAAGUAAUGAAUACCAGUGUUGAACUAAAAAGUUUAUUAAAAGACAAUACUAGUAUUGGAAACAGGACACAGAGCAGGAAAACUUUACUAAGUAUUUUACCAGCCAACAAAUCUACACAGGGAUCUUCUCAAAAUAAUUCUAAAAAGACUUAUCCCCUGAAUGGUUUACAGAAGAAAAGAUCUGAAGAGGGGUCUUCUCAGAGUGUUCAGAUUCCCUUCGAAAGCAGAAACAUUCAAGGAGGAAUUUUUUCUGUAUGUGUUGAAAGUUCAAAAGGCAGUCCAAAUAUUCAAAUUAUCCAAUCAGGGGUUGAAGAGAAAUUAGGAGAAAAUAAGGUCAACUUUGAUUUGCAAUCACGUCCAGAUGAAAAUUGUAUCAGACAUAAGUUACGAAGACAUAAAAAACCUAUAAGUGAAUUAAAUGCAAAAAUUGAAGGAAAAGACAAUUAUUCAAAUGAAGAGGAAUCAAAUGAAAGUGAAGAUGGAAAAAAGGACAAAUCCAGUGACGAUGAAAUAUUUUUAAAAGAUAAAUUAAGCGGAAAUGAAAUUCAUGAAAAAUAUCUGUCUUUUGUGAAACAUUACAUUAAUGGAGAGUUUGAAUACAAAGGUACUAGAAAAUUGAACUGUAUACCUGCUGUAAGCGACCAUCAGUCAGUUUGUCCUUGUAUUGUGUGUGGAGACCAGGCUGUUGGCAUGUACUUUGGUAUUAUGGUGUGCUAUAGUUGUCGUACUUUCAUAGUUGCUACUGUACAGUACAGAUCAAUCCUCAAGUGUGAUGCACAGUCUAACUGUACCAUUUAUUUCCGUAAGGAGAUAUGUCCACAUUGUCGAUUUAAAAAGUGCCUUUGGGCUGGAGCUGUUGUUGCAGAGGUUCCACUUAGACUACAAAAACUGAGACAGUUUAAACAAUCUCUCACAGUUAAAAGGAAAAAGCAACCCAAGAGGAAUUCAGAACGUAUUAAAAUGAAAACUUGUAUAAAACCAGCCACUGCCACCAAACCUGCUCCAACGAUGUAUUUAACCAGUGAUACAGACUGUGAUAACAAAGAUGACUGUGAUAAACUUGUUGACAAUUCUUAUCCAAUCAAAUCGUCAGGAGGACAGAAAAAUCACAGAAGAUCUGAAAAACUAACUACAAUUUCUGAUUCUCGUAUCAAAAGUGAAAGUUCAAAAGUGACCUUGUGUUCUGGUAUUAAGGAGACAAGUAGUACUGAAAUACCGCUCAAACCAUUGUCAGAAAAUAAUAAUAUGGAAGAAAAUUUUCACUACUUUAAACAAAAUCCCGGACCAAUAAGCACAAGUGAUAUUUUGACGGAUUGGCAAAGGCUGCAUAAAAGUGUUCAGGAACAAUUUCAAAAAUUGAAGAAUUAACAAAACUUUUAUAGUUACAAAACAAAGAAAAGUCCUUAUGAAUAAUUAAUUCAAUAUCAAAUCAAUUUUUUCAU